CUGAAAUUUUGUAGACUGUUAACAAAUUUACAAGCGGUUACUAGCACAUUUUUUUUAAAAAUCCGCAAAGAUGAAAUUCGAUAUUCAUAUAUCUGGACCAAAAUUAAGUAUACAUCAUAAAACUAUAUCCGAAAUUUUUAUGGCACAAUUAAAUAACAGCAGUGAUACUUUUGGAGUAAGAAAUUUAAAAAAAGUUAAUUUUAUACUUUACACAUUUAUAAAAUGUUCCGUAAAUCUAAUUAACUCCAGAUCGACUGUUCUACCGGAAUAGAAUAUAGUUAUCCAAAACUAAAAAAUGACGUUUUAUCAGUGGCUACAACACUUCAAAAGGAGAAUGUUGGAUAUGGAGAUAUCGUAAUGACAAUAGACUAUGGCUCGUAUGAAGGACAGGUAGUUUUAUUGGCUGGAAUUUUGGUCGGAGCAACCGUCACUGCGUUAGAUUAUAAUUUAAGAAAGAGUGAGCAUUUCAAAUAUAAUUUAAUUUCAUAUUAAUAUGUUUGAUUAAAUUUUUAAUGCAUAUUUUAUAAUUUUCUAGAACAUCUGCUAAAGCUUAUUAACGAAUCUAAACCAGAAGUAAUGUUUUGUAGUGAUUAUAGUACAAAGACAAUAGCAGAUAUUUUAUAUGAUAUAGUGCAUAAACCAGCAUUUAAAAUUUCCAAAUCAGUCUACGAUGGUUUUACUACUUAUUCAAGUAUCAUUGCGUCGUCAACGAAUUUGUUUGUACAGCCAUCAAAAUCAGUUAAUAAAAAUCGUCCAUGUGCUUUAAUAUAUUCAAGUGGUACUACAGGAGUGCCGAAGGGAAUAUAUUUGUCUGAAGAUGCCAUCAAAUACGCUCUAACGUCAUUUAAGUAAAUACUCUAACUAUAUUUUGUUAUUAGGUAUCUACUACUACCUAUGUCACUGACGUUGCGUGUAGUAUUCUAACAAAAUAAUUAUAAUCAAUCAUAUUUUCAAGGACACUUCUACUGGAGGAACCUGUGGAAAAUAGAUUUAUGAUAACAUCUCCUAUAUUUUGGUACACUGGAUUUUUAUUAUUGAUGCUAAGCAUUCAUUUUGGAAAACCUAGACUAUUUUUCUCAUCAAGGCCGUCUGCUGAACAAAUACUUUGUUCGAUAGAAAAAUUCAAAGUAAAUAUUACAUUAAAAUAUGUGAUUUUAACACAUUAUGGGUAUCCACUAAAUAUGUCUAAUUUAAUUAAAAUAUAAUAAUCAUCACUUAACUAUUAACCUGGAAUAGUUUUAAUACCUAUUAGCAUUGAUUAUAAAUAAUCAAUGAUAUUAGUUAUUGUCUUUUUGGCUUGAACAAUGAAUACCAUUGUCGUUGUCUAAUAUGGUUAUUGAUAUCGCAUAGUUUUUGAUAAUAUUCACGUAAUAAAUAAUAAUCGAUGUCGUAAUAUUGUAGCCGACAUUUACGAUGACGGGCGUUUCAGCAAUCAAUGAGAUGAUGUGUUGCCAAAUGGCGAACGGUCACAAAUAUAAUAUUGAAAGUUUGACUUCGCUCAUGAUCGGUGGAUCUCCAAUGCGACCAGAAUUACAAGAAACGAUUACUGAAAACUUAUUGCAUGGGAGAAUACCGAUAAAACAAGGGUAUGGAAUUACAGAACAGGGAGUUGUAGCCGUUUGGCCAAUGCAAUCGGAUAUCAACACUGUUAAAACCGGUUCUGUCGGAAGACCAGCGGCUGGAAUACGAAUCAAAGUAAUAAAAGUCGACAAAAAAAAAAUAUCUAUCGCAAUUUGUUUCUAUAAAUAAUAAAUACAUAUUUUCCCCCUAUUAGAUCGUCAGCUUAGAAACCGGUGAAUGUGUAGGGCCUAAUGUGAAAGGUGAAAUUUAUGUGAAAUCAGUGUCCAAUAUGAUCGGUUAUGCGUAUGAUAUGAAAAAAAACGUAUUGUCGUACGACGAACACGGUUGGUUUAAGACCGGUGAUGUUGGCUAUUACACGAACGACUGUUGUCUGUUCAUUGUCGGUCGGAUAAAAGAGUUGAUGAUUUAUAAGGGCCUGAGAGUACGUAUUAAUAAUAAUUUAUUGAAUAUAAUGUCAUUUAGUUUGGAUCCUGUUAUUUUUUAUUACGUGCAGGUGACUCAAUACGAUUUGACAAUAUGCAAUAGGUAACUAUUUAGUUCUGUUAAAAAAAAAUACAUGUUAUUAUUAUUAUUAUUAUGAUUAUCGCGCUAAAAAUAAAAUAACUCUUUGUCGAAUUUUACCUGAAAAUAGAGACUGUUGCAUAGUGUUGUGUCUGUACAUAUCUUUUUCCGCUACUUUUGUAAACUUUAAGCGGCUUCUUUUUUUACCAAAUGAGUUUAAAUUCGAGAGUUAGACUUGUUUUAAAAGCUGAUUUAAGUCAGUGCUUGAAUUCCCUCCCCUCCCGGGGGGGGCGCAAGGAAAGGAGUUCCUCUAAUGUUUAUUUUUGUUUUGUUUUUUUAUUUUUCCAAUUCAAGCAUUUUAACUUAUAGUGAUAGAAUAUCGGUUGAAUUUCACCAUGUCAUUCUGUGAGAAGGCUAGAGUAUAUUUUAAAUAGCUUUGUUUGUAUACUCUCCUAUAAAACCUCAAAAUUAAGCUAUCCGUGAAAUCUUGUCUAGUAUAAAUAUUAAUGACGUGUCUUUUGGGGUGUUAACUUUCAACGUCCUUCCCAGCCAUUUUUAUGAUCAUACUGAAAUAGUGAAAUUUAAUAAAACUCUAGCAACUAUUUUAGAUUAAUAGAAAAAUUAUAUUAAUUUAUUUUAUAUUUUUAGGUAGACAUUUUCUGUGGAGUAGUCAGGGUUUUUCAAUGAAGAGGCAGGUUUAGGAUUAAGGUCUUUACAGUAGGUAGGUAUAUAUAGAACAUAUUUUUAAUUUUACUGCUUUAAAAUACCUGCUUUAUUUAAAACAUUUUUAAUAAAGUCAACAAUUUUAAUUUUAAUUACAUUGCAUAAACCGUAAUUUUCUUAUUUUCAUCUCUAAUUUAUUUAGGAUAUCAUCAAGGUCUAUCAUUAUAUCACUGUGUAUUGUAUAUGUUCAUCAGUCAAUUUACUCUCACACGUGAUGUUUCGCCAAUAUGUUUUUAAUUUUUUUAAUGUUGAAAAAGAUCGUUCACUGCUAACAAAUGUAAUUGGGAGGGUUGCUAAAAUCUAUAGAAGUUUGAAAGUAGAAGGUAAAAUUGUUAUACCUAUUACCUACAUUUUUGAAGAACGUCGAUUUUAGUAAAUCUCGAGCUUCUGUAAAUUUGUAUUACUGCAUUUUAAUUUCACUCACAGCUUCUAACAAAAAUUUUUUAUCAGAAGUCUUUUUCAUUUGAACACUUUUGGUCGUCAGUGGUUUGAAUAGCUUCAAUCAGAUCUAUAUUCUAUGCCUGAAGAAAGUUGCUUAAUGGUAAACCCAUGCUCAACACGUUUCCAAGUAUAUAAACUACUAAUAUAAAUUCUAAUUUUCUUAGCGCACACAUCAAUUGGAAUGCUCAUGAUGAAGCAUCGUUAUCAAGCCAAGUACGAAUUUCUGAUAAACUUUCAAUUAUUACAUCAAAUAACUCAAGGAAAAUAAUUAUUGAAUCAUGUCGGUCUAUCCAGCUUGUUGGACAAAACAGUUUUAAACGGUUAUGUGUUGAUAAGGACCAUGCACGUAUUAUUCGAAUAUCGUGCUAGUCCAAUUUGAUGUUAAGUAUACAACGAAUAGUACCUAAUGGUUAUUUAAUAAAUAAGAAAUCAUAACUAUCAAGUUCCGCAACUAUAGUAGGGAGCUAGAAAAAUGAGCCUUGACUACCACGACCCGUUGUUCUUACUCACCGUUAUAGCCAUCGGUUCUCUAGGAUUAUACUGCUCCCCCGAUUACAGUCAUGACUCAUGGUGCACGGUAGGCGGCAGGCGGUAGCUAUACGAUACAGAGAAAAUCUUCUCUACAGCCAGCCUUUUUAAUCUUACUUACCUAAAGCUAAUAAAAAAUAUCAAUGGGAGAGGUUAAAACACCUCCUCGCCUUUCUAUGCCACUGUGUAGGCAUUCUAUUACUAUUAAUAGAACAAAAUUGAUUGCAUGUUGUCAAUUGUCCAAUCAUCCUGUAUACCUAGGUAUUCAUUAGGUAUCCCGAAGAUAUAAAUAUAUACAAUUAUUUUUUACAGAUAGCUCCGACCGAUGUAGAAACAGUUUUACUAAACCACCCUGACGUACUUGACGCAGGAGUUUCUAGCAAAGAUUGUUUGUACGGGGAUUUAUUAGUAGGACUCGUCAAAGUAAAACCCGGUCAACAUAUAGAACCCGUUCGACUAGUAUCUUACGUUAACGGUAAAACAAUUAUUUUUUAAGUUUAUAUACACAAAUGCCCAAUUUAAUUCUACUGCGUUGUUGGUGAAAUAUUGUUUCAGAAAGAGUAGAAGACCACGAGAAACUGCGUGGCGGUGUGCUAUUCGUAAAUGAAAUACCUAGAACACUGGCUGGUAAAUUGAAACGAGAUGAACUUAAAAUGUUGAUCGAAUCAACUUGAUAAAAUUAAAAUAAAAUCUUCACGGAUAUUUCAAAAGACCAUAUUUCGAUUACAUACAGUUAUGUUGUCUAUUUUAUUUUUUGUUAGCUAAAUAAUUAAUGGUAUACUAAAUGUCAAUGUCUAAUGAGGUCGUAGGUACCAUAUGCCCAUUCUAACCAAUGUAAACAUUGAUUUUUAAACGGAGUUUAUAAGAUAAUUGACCAAUUUAGCAACCAUAAACUCAGUUUAAGAUUCAGAUAAACGCCUUUUUUUUUAAUCUAUUAAAAAACAAAUUAGAAAAUAAAUACAAAUAUUAAUGGUAUCUAGGUAAUAGGUAUAUGUACGUAUUUUUAGAUUCUAAGUGUAGCGUAGAUUGUAUUGGUUUUACUAAGGUAUUUUUAUUUUUUUUUUUAAUGUGUACAAAAAUUCGACCAUAAAUCUUGCUCAGUUAUAUACGCGUGGCACCAUUUCUAAAAGGGAAUGUUGUCCAUAUAGUACUUUAGGGAGGUCAUUUUUUGAUUUUCCAAGCGGUUUUCAUAAUAUCUGUGAAAAACCAGGAUAAAACGUACGAAAAACGGAAAAUUUACAAAAAUAAUACUUUUAUUGUUUUUUCAAUUUUUUUUGAUUUGUUGUAAUUCAAUUUAAAAAUAUUCGUACAGACUUGAAAUUUAAACAGAAAAAUUAUAUUUACCUUUUCUAGACAUGGUAAAAUUUUAGAAAUAUUUUUACCAUUUUAAGCUUUUUAUAAAAAUUUUAAUAUUUUUGUUUAAAUUUAGUUUAAAAUAUUCGUAUUGACUCUAUAGACUUAAUAUUUUAACAGGAAAUUCAUAUUUGCCUCUUCUAGACGUGGUAACAUUUUCAAAAACUUUAAGCCAUUUUUAAAGUAUUUAUAGACAUUUUAAUUUUGCGAGUUUUGUACGUAAUUUUUAUUCGGUAGAUACUCUGUGGUAAAAUUGUUAGAUUUGACAGAAAUACUUGAACAGAUAACAAGAGAUUCAUUAAGAGUCUUAUUUUGUAGUCAAAAGAAGAAAAUUUGAGUUUAAUGUGGUAUUUUUUGUAAAAUUAUUGUGUAAAAAAUUAUGUGGAACAAAUAUAAUUUUUCAAUUUUUUUUUUUUGAACAUAUGUAUAUCGAUGAUUGUAAUUGAAUAAUUUUAGAAAUUAUAGCUUUUUGAAGUUAUGAUAUUAUGUGGAUAUUAUAUGUUAUGUUAAAUAACUCUAUAUUGUACUUCCGCAAGCAUUUUUGUCGUGAUCUAAUGUAUACUUGUGCCUAUUAUGAUCCUAAAGGUUCCGAGUUAAAUCAGUGUUUCGAAAAAAAAUUAUUUGCAUUUUUGUCCCUCUUUUACCUAAAUAAGGAAAAAACAAUUGCAUUUUGCAAUUGCAGAGACCCAAGCCAUCGAGCGAUGGUGAAUUCCCCGACACGCCCCAAAUGCUUUCUAAAUGAGUCUGGUGACAGCCGGCGACUCUGCAAGACUUUUCUGAACGCACUCUUAUUGCAAUGUACUUCUUAUGAGUCUGCAUUUUGGUCUGUGUAAUCAUAUCUAGAAUAUAAAUACAAAACAUGUUAUUCACAAUAAUUACACUAAACAUAUUGUAUGUAUUAAACUAUUAUAACGUGUCAUCAAAUUCACAUCAAUGUAAUUUAAACAAAGUUUUCAUAAAAAAAAUUGGUAUAACAUACUUAACAAUUUUAAAAUUUAUAUUUUGUGACAACAUUGAAAUAUAAUAUUAGUACUUACCAUUAUAUAUUGCAUAAUACACAAUUUACCUACUGUAAGCAGCAUGUAAUACUUAUGACCAGAUAUCGAUGGUAAAAUACAACAUGCCCAUUUUAUUUCAUAUUAAUUCAUGAAGGUGUUGAUUUCAUCACAAAGAAUCUAGAAACACACGUAAUUUUUUCAAACAAUAACAUCUAUAAAAAUAAGUUUAUUUUAGAAUUUACCAUAUAAAAUUUUAUUGUUCAGUAUAACAGGACAUGACUUUGAUAACAUAUUUAAAAUUUUUUUACAGAAAAGGUGCUACACUUGAAAAUUGGAGCAAAAUAUCUGGUAGAAAAUUUGUUCACAGGAAAAAAUAAAAAAUAAAAUAAACAUCAUUGUAAAACCAAUACAUUCCUCGUUCUAUUCAGAAUCUAAAAUCAUCAUCUGGUAAUAGAACAACAAAUUCGAAGAAGGUUUUUCUAUUACUUAUGUAUUUAUGUUUUAUACAUAUUAUUAUUUUUUUUU